UAUGGCUGACGAGAGGGGUGGAGGAGACGACAACAUCAACGACAACAUGGGCAACCAGUUACAGCUUUUACCAGACAAUGAGGAAGAGGAGGAGGAAGAUGACAUGGAGACUGAGGACCGAGACAAUGGGGAGGCAGAGAAGCCCACCAUCAUCACCUUUGACCCCAGUCUGCCCACAUCACACGCUUACCUGGGAUCAGACAUGGAGGAGUUUCACGGCCGCACAGUCCACGACGAUGACAGCUGUCAGACCAUCCCUGUGCUGCCUCACACAGCUGUGAUGCUGGUGCCGGGUCAGACGCUGCCUCUGCAGCUGUUCAGGCCACAGGAGGUCAGCAUGAUGCGAAACGUCAUCCAGAGAGACCGCACCUUUGCUGUGCUCGCACACAGUGAUGCCAGUGAGCCGGAGGCAGAGUUUGGGACAACAGCUGAAAUCUAUGCAUACAGAGAAGAGCAGGAAUAUGGAAUUGAAACUGUCAAAGUGAAAGCUGUGGGGAGGCAGAGAUUCAAGGUCCAUGAGAUAAGAACUCAAGCAGACGGGAUCAGACAAGCCAAAGUACAGAUCCUUCCAGAACGCAUCCUUCCAGAUCCUCUCUCUGCCGUGCAGCUCACACCCCUCUCAAGACUCCACAUGCACCCCUCCUCCAAACCGCUGACACAGAGCUGCAAACAGGCCCAACGCUGGUGGAAUAACUACCAACAGAGGAAGUUUCACUGUGCCAGUCUGACGCCGUGGCCGCCCUGGGUCUACGCUCUCUACGACUCUGAGUCACUAAUGAACAGAGUGAAGAAACAGCUCCAUGAAUGGGAUGAGAAUCUGAAGGAUGACUCUCUCCCGACGAACGCCAUAGACUUCUCCUACAGAGUUGCGGCCUGUCUGCCCAUAGACGACGCUCUGCGGCUCCAGCUGCUGAAGAUCGGCAGCGCCAUUCAGAGACUUCGCUGUGAGCUGGACAUCAUGGACCGGUGCACAUCACUGUGCUGUAAGCAGUGCCAGGACACAGAAAUCACCACAAAAAACGAGAUCUUCAGCUUGUCUCUGUACGGACCCAUGGCUGCAUACGUCAACCCUCACGGUUACGUCCAUGAAACCCUGACUGUCUACAAAGCUAACAACCUCAACCUGAUUGGCAGGCCAUCCACACUGCACAGCUGGUUUCCAGGGUACGCCUGGACAAUUGCUCAGUGCAGAACCUGCGGGUCUCACAUGGGUUGGAAGUUUACAGCCACCAAGAAGGACUUGUCUCCACCUCGUUUCUGGGGUCUGACCCGUUCAGCUAUGCUCCCCCGUAUCCCCCAGGGCGAGGUGGAGGAGGGGAGAGAGGGCUCUCGGCUGUUCUGCCUGUGACAUCUGACCACCGUUAAUCAUUCAACAAAACAAGAACCUGCAACCCCCCACCGAGCCUGGAUCUUCAUGCACCCUCUGCCUGUGAUUACAUUUAGUAAUCAGAACAUCACACUCCGCCUGUCACUCUCAGCAGUAAAUCCAUCAUAUUAGUGGAAAGGUCAGUCUGCCUUUAAAUGGCACUCUAAGAUCAAUUAGAGCAGGAUGGAAGUUGUGAUGGUUCUCAAAGGUUCUUGAGAUGUGGAGGCAGCUGUGAGACGACUCAGUGCAGCGUGAUAGAGAUUAAGUCCAUGACACGUUCUAGCAUCAGAGCAUGCAGCUGGCUGAUCUGCAUCCCGUGAUACCUGCAGACAAACACCGACACAAAAACGCUUAAUGCAUAGUGUCCCUUCAACUCCGUUCCUCUGUAUGACAGAGUUGACUGCAUGCAGUUGGAAAGUCGGCUAAGUCACCUACUUUAAUCUGUUGUAAAACCAGUUAAUCUGAAUUUACUAAGCAUUCAGAUCCUUUGUGGGUUUCUCUGGUAUGUUUAUCAGUUUCGUCAUUAAGCUGCUGUAGGUCAGUGGAGGGAAUGAGAGUGCACUCAUGUUGUACUUCUAGAUCUGUCACUAAAGGGGAUAUUUUGGAAUUAAAUUGGAUGUAUUUUUGUAUGCGAGAAGACUGGAAAGUAGUUCAACAGACUCAACCGUGUGUGCUUUUUAUUAUCACACCAGUUUUUUAUGCAAACAAAAAACUGAGGUGACAAUAAUGUGUAAUAGAUGUAAUCGGUGUCUGUUUUGUAUUCAACUGAGGUUCAUUGUCCUGUCAGAGGAUGUGCUUCAGCAAACAAGCAAGUGGAUAUUAGAGAUGUCGUGGUGCCUAAUGGAGGAGUGUUAUUUAUUACAAAAAGUUAGAGCUGAUUAUCACAGAGAGCGAGAGGAGCAUUUACCCAUCUUCAUUUAGUUUGUUCAUGUUGUGUGGCAUGUUAAAAUAGUGUGCCUAUGCCCCAGCUCAGUGUCUUUUGAUAAGUUUGAUGAACCAGUGAGCCACAGGCGUGAAUGAACGAUUGUUAACGAUGAAAGGGAGAGAUAAAGAGAUAAAGAUUUAAUUAAAAGGUGUUUUUGUAGUGUUGCAGUUUUCAGGAUUUUACUUCUUGCGAUUUUGUUGCAAGGUGCUGGCUCACGUUUGUAUAAAUGUAGCUGUAAAUAAGAGGCAGUUAUAGCAUUUAUUGUGUAAUAUAACUGGUGUUCUACUGUUUGUAGAAUCUGACUCUUAUUUCACAUAUUAUAUAUUCAUGUCACAGAGAAUUGUUAGGUAAUAAUCUUUUCAUCAGUUAGCAAAGUCAUUGAUUGCAAUAAGAAAUCAUGUAGAUUGUGAAAAUGUUGGUCCGUCUGAUUGAAUGUUUUUGGAUAAAUUCUUAAAAGAACAGUUUGAAGUUUGGCAAAAUGCACAUUUGCUUUUAGUAAAGAGUUAGAAGAGAGGCUAUAAAACACUCAUGUCUGUCAGACAAUUUUGAAGCUACCACUAGCAGCUGGUUAGCUUAGCUUAGCAUACAGACUGUAAACACAGGAAAACAGAUAGCUGAGCCUGUCCAAAAGUAACAAAAUGUACCUACCAUCCUAUAACUGAACACGGACAUGUAAGAGCAACAGGGGUUAUGGCUAAUUCCUGGAUGCAGAGACCUUAAGACACUACCGUUCCCAGUUUUUUCACUUUAUUUUUUUGUACACAUUAGACAAACAGAAUAUAAACUUUAACUAAUGAGCUUUGGUAGUGCUUAGGCAGAUUUUUUUUUAAACAUGCCCAGAGUAGGACCCGCUGUUUCCCCGUGUUUCCUGUCUUUAGUCUACGCAAAGCUGACCGGCUGUUGGCUGCAGCUUCUUAUUUACUGUACAGACAUGAAAAGGUAUCUUGAUUUUGUCACAUCAGCUUUGGCAUUAAAGGGGAACUGCGCCUAUUUUCAAAAUUCAUACAUGCUAUUCCAAUAGUCUAAAACAGUCCAGAAAUAUCAGCUAACACGAACUGUCUCAAAUCCAAAAACUAGAGUACAAAAAUUCAAAUGUGUGAUAUCAUAGGGUUUAAAGUCUGGAGCUGCUCACAGACAGUGAAUUCAGAAAGAUGUUAUCGAUGACACUGAGAGCACUCGUGGGAAUUAUCUGAGUAUAUGGGUACAUUUUCUGUUACAGGACUGAGAACACUACAACAGAAAAAAGCUCAUAUGGCUAUAUAUAAAAAAAAAAAAAAAAUCUGUGGAUCCACAAAAUCAGCCUCUUGUUCAUUGAGCCGCUCCAGACUUUGUACAUGAUGACAUGACAAGUAUUAGACUUACUCAUCUGGUUUCUGCCUUUGAGAGAGACUAGCUCAUGUUCACAAAUAUUGAUUGAACUUUCAGAGAAAAUAACAUUUUGGAAUUCUUAAUGUAGAUGGUGUUUCCCUUUAAAGCAAAUUAGAUGUAUUAUCAAAAUGUCAUGACUACUCUUUAAAGGGCGAUGGAUUUAAAUGUAACUAUCAUUACAUCUUGUUCUCACAGUCCAGGCACGAUGUCAGAUGGGUGUACAGUUCUGAGUCGAGCCAACAGAGUUUGUCUUGAAUGAAUCUUUUAGUUCAUCUACAUAGUCUUGUAGUCUUCCCUUAAAAGAUCGCUCCACCAAUUUAACAUUACACCCCAUAACACUGUCUGAUUUAAAAUUGACAGUUUAAAAAAAUGUAUAAGAGUUGAUGCAGCGGGGGCACAUUUUUCUUCCUUGUCAAAUCCGGCUGCUGCCUACGUUACCCAGAAUUCGGCCAGAGAUUCAGUUGUGUUGCAAAUAUCCCCAGAAAUGUCUUUUUCUGGGAAUCAUGACCCAGUUUCUUAGGAUAGUCCACAGACCUUGUUGUGAGCAGUUUUAUGUAGGAACUAUUUUCUCUGCUGAACUACACCCACCAACCAAAUCACUGUGCAGAGGGAAGCAUGCAUCUGCUGCUAGCUCACCUAGCACUACUGAACUAGCUAACUUGAUGCAAUGAAUGUUUAGAUCUCCCGCUGUCACAAACACGAGCCUCGUCCUCGAGGAGAUGCACACUUCCCUCUGCAUGGUGAUUCAUUUGGCAGCUGUAGUUCAGUAGAGAGAAAAUACAACUCACAGCAAGGUCUGUGGAUUAUCUUGAAUAACCAAGUCAUGAUUUUUGGAAAGAGAUAUUACUGUUGAGUUUUUUUGGGGCUUUGAGCACCACGAGCCA